AAUUAAUUAAUGGCUUCAUCGAUGAAAUUUAUGUUCUUAGUUGUGGCUUGCCUUUUCGUCUUGUCACAAUAUUCUGUUGCUCAAAAAAGUUGCUCGUACGAUUACAUGUUCGAAGGUCGAUACGCUACUCGCGACUACAACGGUAACUUGAUCAACCCUCCACCCCCCAACCGUCCCAUGUACAUCGCCGCUAAUUCAGUUUGUCACAAUCCGGCAGAUUGUAGUGAAAAACUUGAAACGAGUCUUGCUUUCAUCGGACUAGUCAGCCAGAACUUUUACAACGAUGCGAUCUUACAAAGGAAAACGAUACCAGAGUUGAAGAGCAUGAUCCCGGUCGUUGUUAGCUCGGCUAUUGAUAUUGCUAGGGAACAAAUUGAUUCGGGGAGUCAAAGAGUAAUUAUUCCCGGAUACAUCCCACUCGGAUGUCUCCCUAUCUAUAAAACCGUUUUCCAAACAAAAAACUUGGCGGCAUACGGCUUAAGCCAUUGUGUGAAGCGAUUCAACUACUUGACGAGGUCACACAACGAACAACUGCAAGCAGCCAUAGCCAAGCUGGCACGAGAGAGGCCAAACGCGGAAGUAAUCUACGCUGAUUUCUACAAUGCUUACCUAUAUCUCCUCCGUGUCGCUAGACGUAACGGAUUUGAGAUAAAAAAGGCUUGUUGCGGAAGGGGAGGCGAUUACAACUACAACAUUAAAAGAACGUGUGGAGCUACGGAUAUUCCGCAAUGCCCCGAUCCCGAACGUCACGUAAACUUCGAUGGUGUCAAUUUGUCUGAAAUCAGCCACAAAAUCAUGGCUAGUCGAUUGGCCACCCUUAUCUUACCCAAGCUUCAAUGCCGUUUCUGAAGCACUACAACCGUCGGCUAGAUUAAUUUUUUGGAGCUGGAUUUCUUGUACUAGUUUACUUAGAUCUAAUUUUACUCAUUGCAAUAUGUUUAGAAGGACGAACUCUAGAUGUUAGGUUUGGUAU